GGCAACGAUCAAGCAAGAGAUGUUCAGUGUUGUAAUACAACAAGUUAACAUUAGGCAACGUCCGAGAGAACAACAUUGUGCUGGUGCCAAGGCCUCGUUAGUAUUUGACAGAAAGCGCUGCCAAAGGUCGUUGUGGCUAGAAGCGGUGAUUCUUCGCUGCGUUUGCUUCCAUAUUUUGCGGAAGUCCCUAAAUUUAUUUAGAUGUACCCGGAAGUGCUGAAAUGGUUUUCGUUGUGACACGUAUUAUGGCAGAUCCGGAUCGGAGGAAAAGGAAGGCAGCCGAGUUUAGUUUUAGAUCGGAGGAGCAAUGUUUUAAAUUGAAUUGAAUUUGUAUUUCAGUUUUACUCCAAGUAGAAUUGCCUCCGUGGCGGAUGAUUGUUGCUUAGCUUCCCUCCCGGAUCGGAUGCUCUUGUUGCUCGGAAAGUUCAAUUGAUGGCUUUUGCUGUACACGAUGAUAGCCUUAAGAACAACACCACGGGCUUCAAGCAUUCGGGCGAAUUACAACGUGUGUUAGCAAACGCCACAACUAACCCCAAUGGAAAAUUCUGGUCCAAGUUGGAAGCCAAGCCAUGGAUUGCCUUUUUGUUUGUGGGCACGUGCCUAGUGUACUGUGUCAGAGUAACACUGCCUAUCUGUGUAGCUACCAUGGCAGAACAAUUUGCAUGGGACAAGACACAGUCUGGAAUUGUGCUCGGAAGCUUUUUCUGGGGAUAUUGCCUGACUCAAAUCAUAGGUGGCCACAUUAGUGACAGAUUGGGUGGUGAUAAAAUACUUCUCCUUUCAGCUACUGCAUGGGGCUCGGUAAUUACCCUCACUCCACUUAUUGUUCACUGGACCUCUACACCAAUCACUUUUGUAACCUUAUCCCGAUUCCUUAUGGGCCUGUUUCAAGGUGCAUUUUACCCAUCUCUGUCAAGUCUGUUCUCCAAUAAAGUGCGAGAGAGUGAUCGAGCAUUUACCAACAGUGCAGUGUGCACUGGCUCCCAGGUUGGGACAUUAAUAAUCGGAGCUUUUGGUUCAGUGUUGUUGGACUGGUAUGGCUGGGAGACUGUGUUCUACUUUUCUGGCCUCCCUUCCAUUCUGUGGGCGUACUGUAUGUGGAAAUAUUUCCUUAAUGGAGAAGACCAGAUUAUAUCUUUGGAAAGUUUGGGCAACAGUCUAAUGAAUUCAAGGGACGAUAAAGUCGCGUGGAGAAAACUAUUUAAAAGUGCUCCCGUCUGGGGUGUCAUUGUAGCUCAUGUUUGCAUCAGCGGUACUUUUUUCUGCCUUUUGUCAUGGAUGCCAACAUUCUUCCAUGAUUCGUUUCCUGAAUCUAAGGGUUGGGUUUUCAAUGUAGUUCCUUGGGCUGUUGCAGUCCCAUUCUCUUUGUUUGGUGGCAUUCUGACUGAUCAUCUGGUCAAGCUUGAAUUUACUCUAUUUUUAGGGUUUGACACUGCUAAGGUGCGUAAAUUAAUGCAGGUGAUUGCCAUGGGAUUAUCCAGUAUCUUUACCGUAUUACUGAGUUACUCAGGCAGCUAUUACCAAUCAUUAAUGUGUAUAUCAGCUAGUUUAGGACUUCAGACCUUCAGUCACAGUGGGGUAACUGUCAAUGUUCAAGAUUUAGCACCAUCCUGUGCCGGUGCACUGUUUGGUGUUAUGAACACAGGUGGAGCUUUAUUUGGCGUUGCUUUAGUAUACUUUGCAGGUUAUCUCAUUGAAACUUCAGGAUCCUGGCCAUCGGUUUUCAGCUUGAUCAGCAUAGUCAACACAUUUGGCCUUUCUAUCUUUGUCAUCUUUGGUCAGGCUACGCGAGUAGAUAUAUAAUUAAUGGCUUUCAAACUGAAUUCCAAAGUUACUGACCACAGACUUCAAGAAGAAAGAGAGAAUAUAAUUUUAAAAUGUAAAGGUUCUGACCAGUUUUUCUUGGAUUGAUGAACUGUUGAGCUUAUUAUUGUACUUUGUUUCGAAACAAGUUGCUGCUGAAGUCCUGUUUUGAACAAAAACAAGACUUAAAUAUGCACAAAACCAUUUAUGCUAUUUUUAGUGAUUUUAUUUGUUGAAGAAAUACUAUUUUUACAUGAAUACACUAUUUAUCAAAAUAUACAUAUACAAACUUAUAAAUGAAAUAAAAUGAAUUUUAUGUGCGUUGUCAGAAGAUGAGACACUGAUAGUGCCAUCUUAAAGGAGGAUGCUGACAGAGAGCCAAGCUUAAACUCUGAAAAGAUGUAACUGCCCUAUGCUGUUCUUCAAUUUUAUUAGCUGUUUCUUCAUUGACUCCAUGCUUAAAGGUGCACUUGGAAUUUUUGUUUCCAAUUUGCAUUUUAAUCUAAUACCAGCAUUAGUAAUAAAUGUGAAAUCAAUAAGAAUCUUCAUUUUUGAAGCUUGCAGUUUACAGUUCAUCCUUUUUACAUUCCAGUAACUAACUAUGACUUGUGAUGAAAGCAGUAUAUUAUAUGAUUUUGGAUUUCCAAACAGGCUGAUAGAUAUGGGAUGGUUCUGCGAAGUUUAUUUUUGUAUAAGGUUAAGAAGAAACUUAGAACUCUGACUAUGUCAAAAAAAUCACACAACACCAGGUUAUAGUCCAACAAGUUUAUUUGAAAUCACAAACUUUUCGAAUGCAGCUCCUUCAUCCUGUUGGAUAUAACCUGGCAUCUUGUGAAUUUUGACUUUACCCACCACAAUCCAACACCGGUACCUCCACAUCAUAGAAUAGUGACCUAAGUACAUAAUUUCGAAGAAAGCAUAUGAUGGCAAUUCGGUGUCUGGGAGCACUCCUGUAGUAUUACUGAAUAAAAUGUUACUAUUGUUGGGUUUAUGGCAGGAAGUGUAAACAUAAUAAGGCAAUUGGUUUUGUUUUACUUUGGAACAGAGGUUCAGUUGUUUUUGGAUCAGAACAACCCAGAUUUCAGUGCCAAACAUGAAACCGUUCCCCUUAGCAAAGGAAUUAAGGUAGUUCAGGGGAUUCAGUCAACUCAGCUGAAGUCCUUUCGAGUCAAUGGAGCUUCCAAGCUGGCAGAUUUUUGAUAACUGCUGUCAAAUUGUUACAACUUGAAAAGUUAAAGUCAUAAGAAUUGUGAGAGGUUCAUGCCACCAUUACAGAGAGAAAUUGUAGGACAAAACUAUCUCAACAGUACAAGGGAAGAAACUGUGAAAUGCCACUCAAAUAAAGUUGAAAAAAAAAGAAAUAGCAGUGAUAUCUCUCGGAUUGAAUCUCUGUAAUAGAUAGUGUUGGGAACAGGUUGAAACUUUCCUUUAGAAGUUUGUUUUAAAUUCAUUCAUUUAUUUGUUUAUUUCAUUUGUGCAAUAAAUGUAUUUUCUGUUGUUAAAGAACAUAUGUAACCUCAUGUGAAUACAUUCCAGUGACUAACCACCACAUUAACCAAUGAUAAAAGAAACUAUGACUUGUCAUCUUAAAUUUCAUUCUGGGGGGUUCAACUUAUACCAGCAAUACUAGCAGCUGGGAUUAUAAUAAACUACACACUCUUUAAUUCAUUACAGGAUUCUUACACUUUUAGAUGUAACUUUAAUUUUUUUUUGAUUAUUUUGACAAUAAAGAUCAAAUUUCCAAAUGCAAUGUCUAAAACCUACUUCUGUAGUUAGUUAUUAAUAUCCACAUUGCUGAAUAUUUCCUUUAGUUUUUAUUGUUGAGCAUAAAAAUGCCAAUUGUCUUUUAUGAGUUCUGGUGAUAGGAAUGUCUGGCGUAAACUUGGCACCAUUCAGCUAUCACAGUCCAAUUUUUAUCAUGUUUGCAUGUGGUAUUUUCUGACUGUUGACCCAUCAACUCAAUGACGUGCAGUCCAUUUACAGUCCAUGUGAUAUAUAUGAUAUAUCACAUAUAUUAAUUGAAAUGUGCUACUUUUAACAGUUAGUUUUGCAUGCUUUUACUUUCUGCUUUUGCAAUGGGAACAGCAAAUCCACACAGCAACUUCACUCUUAACAUCAGAUUACUGCAUAAAAUAAAAAUAAUUAGUUUAAAUCCACCAUGUUUGUAUUCAUCAAUAUCUGUAUAUUCAGAAUCAAAUGGUUAUGUUUAAAUUCUAUAUAUAAUUACUUAAUUUUAAGUUGCAUUGCAAUUGUAAGGUGCUUAAAUAAUAAAUGGUUAAUUUCUAAACCAUUAACUCUGCAGAUAAAAAAAAUCUUUGGAAGUUGAAAAUAUAUGAACUGUUGCUAUUUUGUAGAAUAUUGGCAAUAAAGUUUGAAUAUAGCAUUUUAUCUUCUGUGUAGCUGGAUGUAGCAUUUGUCCAACGACCUGUUUUAUUUUCAC